CUCAGAACCGCACAAAGUUUGAAUCUGUUAACACGGUGUAUGAGUCUGUCUCUUUAACACUUAAACUUCCGUUGUCUCUUGGACUUAAGUGGAUGUGACUUGGCAAAAUGGAUGUUGGGGAUGAAUCGGCAAAUCGCUGGGAGUUAAGUAAGGAGAAUAUUCAGCCUUUGAAGCAUGGGAGGAAGGCUGCUGUCCUCUCAGUUGUUCUUAAUGAGAGUGCCACACAGAAACUGAAUGCUACCAUGCAUGUGUUUGAAGAAGAACUGCGGACCUAUUCAGGGGAUGAUCCUCUGGACGUGUGGUAUCGCUACAUACUCUGGGUUGAGCAGAGUUAUCCAAAGGGAGGCAAAGAUGGAAAUAUAAAGAAACUAAUAGAGAAAUGUCUUUCAUCUGUUUAUGGCAAUGCUGAAACAAAUGAGAAGUACAAAAAUGAUCCACGUUUCUUGGAUAUUUGGUUGAAAUAUGCUGAUCUGUGUGCACGUCCUGUUGAAGUUUAUCAGACUUUAGAAGCCAAAGGUAUAUGCACACUUCUUACUGAUUUCUACAUAAACUGGUCCUGGGAGAUGGAGAAGGCAGGAAAUUACAAGCGAGCUGAUAUUAUAUAUCAGAAUGGUAUGCAGAUUAGAGCAGAGCCAGCAGAUGUUCUUCAAGAAGCACACAAAAAAUUCCAGAUGAGAGUAACUAGAUCAACCAUGGAGGGAAGAAUAGUUGAGCAAGAAUCGAAUUAUUCAGAACCACAACGAACAGUUCUCAAUUCCCUUAAAUCCAAGGGUCAUGGUAAUCGUGUUCCUAAUGAGCGAGUAGGAUCAUCUGUGGUUGGGCCCGCCGGACGAGUUUCUCAAGAGGAGACAAAAAAGAAUGCCGGUGGUCCUUCAUUUUCGAUAUUCCGUGACACUGGCUCAUCUGAUGAUCAUUCACGAGUUAGCGCAGGUGAAAGCAGAGGAGGCUCACUUCCAGUUGGUGCUGCUGUGAACCAAGAAAAUGUAAAAAAUCCAGGACAAUGGACAAAAAAAAAGGUUCCUCAGAAAACAUGUAAUGUUGUGUCUGUGGACGACCUCGGCUUAUAUCAGAAACCUGCAUUUUCUGUUCACGCGGAUGAGAAUAUAUCACUACCUACAGCAACCCCGUCAAAACUCCCACAAACUAGUAAUGUUCUCGCUACAUGUAAGGAUUAUAAAGACUGGCAUGUUGAAAUGUUUAUUGCAGAGCCAUUUAACCCAAAGGUCCAGCCACAGUACUGUAAACAUAAGGUUUAUUGUGGAAAUGAGGAGUUCAGCUUUGAGGAGCUGAAAGCUGCACAGUACUUCAAAAAGGAGAAGGAGGAAAAAAAAAAGAAUGAGGAAUUGGAAAAGAUGCAAGAUAUGUUAAAGAAACAAGAAGAACUGAUUCAACAGUUAUUGCAAGAUCGACUAAAUCAGCAAAAACAGGAGCAAGCGCAGCAGGUGAGACAAAUACCACACAUAAUGGUGAGUUCUCCAUCUAAAAUUCAUCAAAAUGGCUUCUCUAGGAUGUGGAUCCCAUAUUUCCAAAUACAAGCACCUCAGAGUAUGAGUCGCAGCUUAUACCAAGACAGCUGGAUUGCAAUUAAUAAAUCAGUGAAUGCAUCUGUUAAUGUUUCAAAUUUUCUGGAUGAGAGCAGUACUAGUAACUUACUUCAGUGUCAGCCCGCUACAGCCUGUUUGAGUAGUAAUGAGGCAUCUGUUAUCCGAGACCAAACUCCAACGACUCACGGUGCUAACCCAACACCUCAGGAUAACUCGCAAUGUAACAGCAGCAGCAACUCGCGUGGUUUAAACCUAACUGAUCCCACUAUCAAUACUAAAAUGGCUGUGAAUGUGAUCAAUGACAUAUGGUCUGCUAGUCUAUAUCAAGCAGAUUCACAGCAGGACAUCAUUGAAUCAGAUGUAGGAUCAGACAUGGGUACUCAACCAGUUGCAGUGGAAGCUCCACCCUUCACUAUAUUGCAGGAUGAAGAGAUUGACAAAGAUAAACAGUCAAAAGAGACAACAACAGCUGCUUUUUCAAUAUAUACUGAUAAUUCUGGAGACAACAAUGGCACAGACAAGACAAAACCCUCACAGCCAUUUAGUAUCUUUCAAGAUGGAAAAAAUACCAAUCAGGCUAAGGACCCCAAUGAUAUGUAUUUUGAGGACCAAGAUGAAAAUCGACCUCCACCAGGAAUGGUCCAGCAGAGGGAGUAUCGUCAGGUCUCUGGUGUCUUGCAACCUGCAGCAGACAUUCCCUUCUUGCCUCUAGAAGACCAGGAAUCACAGAAAGAGUCAGAAAUCCUGUGUGAAGAUAAGGGACCUAAAGAAGAACUUGUCUUUGAUGAUGACCUAAAUGACAUUGUCCCUCUGGAUGGUGUAAGUUUUGCAGAUUUCACUCUCAAGAUGCCAAACAAUCCUGAGGCUUUUGCAAAAAUGGCAAAUGCAGCAUCCACUCCAGCCCCUUGGUCACUUGGGCAUGUUCCACAAGCCACAGUCAAUGGAGAUGACUUCACUAUGGCAGUCAUGAAAGUUAAUAACCACUUUCCUCUUAUUGAAGACAAACAGAAAGAGGACAGUGAAGAAUUGAUGCCUCCUCCAGUCAAACAGCUUCCUCCUACCUCCUUUCCAGCUCCUGUAAGUGAGGUAAAACUCUCACCUAUUAUGGAAGCAUCAAGAGAAUACAGGUCAUCAUCCUCAAGCAGUUCAGGAUACUCUACCACUUCUACAACACUUGGUGGCCAUUCAGCUCAUGGACUCUCUCAACAUGGAGGAUUCUCCAUGAGCACCCAGAUGAGUCGCACUCGCCAGCACUGUAACACACAGCAAGAGUGUGGCCUUGAAAUAGGAGUCACUGCCCACACCGGAGACUUCACCAAAUCAGGCUAUCUUGCAGACAAGUCGAGAGGGGAGAGUAUGGCUGACUCCAGACCUGGUAUUGUAGCCUCACAGAAUGCUCCCUGGAGUGAAGAGAAGGAAGUUUCUUCAUUUGAUGCCCAUCAAGUAGCAGCCAUGCUAAUGGAUAUGGAUGACAUGAAGCCUCUUCCAAUGGCCAACUCAACUAAGCUGGAUGUGAGAGAACCUAAAAUACUACUUACAUCAAAGGAAAAUAAUCAAAAUUUUCCUGAGAAAAUAAAUCCCUUUGCUGAGGAAAUAGUACAGGUUGUUCUCUCAAAAUUGGAGGAACCUGUAGAAGCACGUGGUGGAUUUGUAACAUCCCAUGGCAAGCUUCCAUUUAUUAAAACCAACUCUCAGAUUACUUUGGGAAGUGAGAUGUUCCAUGUUCGUCGUAUCAGAGGUGAGGGAGCUUAUGCAAAGGUGUACCAAGCAUCCACAAUAGACCCAAUGAAUGUCACAAUAAUGCCCACUGAGGAGGAGGAGGAUGAUGAAAAUGAAGAUGAUGAGAAACAGAUGAUCUUGAAGGUACAGAAACCACCAUGCCCGUGGGAGUUCUUCAUCUGCCAUGAACUAAGGCAGCGUCUUAAGUCAAAGGCUUACCCAGUAAACAUGUUGGACUCUGUCAUGAGGAUAAAUAGGGGAUACUUCUUCUCGAACGGCUCAAUACUUGUCAAUCAGUAUCACAAAUAUGGAUCAUUAUUGGAUGUUAUGAAUGGGUAAGUAAUUAUUAUAAAUUGAAAUUUUAAGUGAAAAA